CAGGCAAUCGCGCCUUUUAUUUACACAGACCGUCUUUUGUGUCUUCACAAUCGAUCAUCUUCUUUGCAACCGAUGCCCGUACACACAUACGAAACAGGAAAGACCCGGCUGGGAUUGAGCCAAUCCGAUUGUUCAUCCGCCCUUCCAUUCCAAUCCUCCACCUUCUUGUUUUUGGCCAAUUCAUUCUUGAAAUCUACAUCUCUACUUCUGUCAUGGGUGCGAGUCGAAAGCUCCAAGGGGAAAUUGACCGAGUUCUCAAGAAGGUCCAAGAAGGGGUUGACGUCUUUGACAGCAUUUGGAACAAGGUUUAUGAUACCGACAAUUCCAAUCAGAAGGAGAAAUUUGAGGCGGACUUGAAGAAGGAGAUAAAGAAGCUUCAGAGAUACAGGGACCAAAUCAAGACAUGGAUUCAGUCCAGUGAGAUUAAGGAUAAGAAGGUCAGUGCGUCUUAUGAGCAGGCUUUGUUGGAUGCUCGUAAACUUAUUGAGCGUGAAAUGGAAAGAUUUAAGAUUUGUGAAAAGGAGACGAAAACUAAAGCCUUCUCGAAAGAAGGUUUGGGUCAACAGCCUAAAACUGAUCCAAAGGAGAAAGCUAAAUCAGAAACUCGGGAUUGGUUGAACAAUGUGGUUAGUGAGUUGGAAUCUCAGAUUGAUAAUUUUGAAGCUGAGAUCGAGGGUUUGUCUGUGAAGAAGGGGAAAGCAAGGCCACCUAGAUUGGUUCAUCUUGAAACAUCUAUUACUCGGCACAAGGCUCAUAUAAUGAAGCUGGAACUGAUCUUGAGACUGCUUGAUAACGAUGAAUUGAGUCCUGAGCAAGUCAACGAUGUCAAGGACUUCUUAGAAGAUUAUGUUGAAAGAAAUCAGGAGGAUUUUGAUGAAUUCAGUGAUGUGGAUGAGCUGUACAGCUCAUUGCCUCUCGAUAAGGUGGAAUCUCUUGAAGAUUUGGUUGCAAUUUGCCCUCCUAGCCUUGUGAAGGGUACACCAGCUCUCAACUUGAAGACGACUACACUGGCAACGUCGGCAACUCAGGCUCCUGUUACUGCUGCUCCAAGUCAUCAACCAAAUACUGUCCUUCCAGAUCAGGUUGAUGAUUCAACUUUGCCAGAUGCUAACAUUGACAUUCUUUUGAAGACUCCACCUUCUAAGAAUAGUGUCCUUGGUUCGUCUGCGGCUACAACACCCACCGGGAACCAGGCAGCCUCGUCUUCCUUGAAUGGUGCAGUGCAUGGAUCUGGCUUAUCCACUACAUCAUCCAUUCUUCCAGGUUCAAGUGCUGUUCGUGCAGUAUUGGAGACUACGGCUGCUCCUAAUUCAUCUCCUGUAAAUAUGCCCACUUCUGCAAAGGAUGAAGAAAUUGCUAGCUUCCCAGGCCGUAAACUGUCCCCAUCAUUUUCAGAUUCUGGACUUGUUAGGGGUGGCAUGGGAAGAGGUGUGAUUGCUAAUCAGCCACCCUCCACUUCCUCCCAUACUUCUGGCAUUGUGGUUCCUAGUAAUAUUACUCUCGGUAAUGUUUCUUCUGCCUCUGAAGUGACAAAGAGAAACAUUAUGGGAGGUGAAGAACGGACUGGUAACAGUGGCAUGGUUCAGUCCAUGGUUUCCCCUUUAAGUAACAGACUAGCUUUGCCUACAGCAGCUAAAGUUAGCGAUGGAACGACCACAGUUGAUCCUUCUAAUGUAAGUGAUGCAGCGGCUAUAGGGGGUCGAGUUUUCUCUCCAUCUGUGGUUCCUAGCAUGCAGUGGAGGCCAGGAAGUUCUUUCCAAAAUCCGAACGAAGGAGGGCAGUUUCGUGGAAGAGCUGAAAUAGCACCAGAUCAAAGGGAGAAGUUCUUGCAGCGUCUCCAGCAAGUUCAGCAACAGGGACAUAGUACACUUCUUGGCAUGACUCUUGGCGGAGGAAAUCAUAAGCAGUUUUCUUCACAACAGCAAAGUUCACUUCUACAGCAGUUUAAUUCCCAAAAUUCAUCUGUUAGUUCUCAAGCUGGUCUGGGGAUUGGAGUUCAAGCACCUGGAGUAAAUCCUGUUGCUGUUACAUCUGGUUCAUUACAGCAGCAACCAAAUUCCUUCCAGCAGUCUAAUCAGCAGGCAUUAAUGACGAGUGGAGCAAAAGAUUCGGAUGUUACCCAUUCAAAAGUUGAGGAGGAGCAGCAGCAACAACAGCAGCAAAGUUUAUCGGAGGAUACUACUGAUUCUGCUGCUGUUUCUGUCCUUGGAAAGAAUCUGAUGAGUGAUGAUGAUUUGAAAGGAUCAUAUACAGUAGAUACUCCAGUUGGCAUAACUGCUUCACUGACUGAGACAGCUUCAGUAACGAGAGAAGAUGACCUUUCUCCUGGUCAACCUUUGCAGCCUGGCCAACCUUCUGGAGGUCUUGGUGUCAUUGGCCGAAGAAGUGUUUCUGACUUGGGUGCCAUUGGCGAUAACCUUAGCGGGUCCGCAAUGACUACUGGAGGAAUGCAUGAUCAAUUCUAUAAUUUGCAAAUGCUUGAAGCUGCAUUCUACAAGCUACCUCAACCGAAGGACUCAGAGCGUCCAAGGAGCUAUACUCCAAGGCACCCUGCACUUACUCCUCCGAGCUAUCCUCAAGUACAGGCCCCUAUUAUAAACAAUCCUGCCUUAUGGGACCGAUUAGGUCUAGAGACCUACGGCACUGACACGUUGUUCUUUGCAUUUUACUAUCAGCCGAACACCUAUCAACAAUAUUUGGCUGCUAGAGAAUUAAAGAAACAAUCUUGGAGAUACCACAGAAAAUAUCAGACAUGGUUCCAACGACACGAAGAGCCAAAAGUUGCUACAGAUGAGUAUGAGCAAGGAACUUAUGUGUACUUCGAUUUCCAUGUUAAUAAUGAUGACCUACAACAUGGAUGGUGCCAAAGGAUUAAAACUGAGUUCACUUUUGAGUAUAACUACCUUGAAGAUGAACUCAAUAUAUAGAGGAUGCAACGGCAUUGAUCAAGAAAUUUUAAACUUACCCAGGUUCAUUAUCAGGGAAAGGUUGUAGACUUGCACACCGUUAAAUGUUGACUUAGCCUUUUUGUUUUCCCUUCUCUUGUUAAUUGUAAAGGACACAUGGUUAUCAGUUAUAAAGAUAUUUUAUAUUAACAUGCCUUCCCUUAUGUUGUCUUUUAUCUUAUGUUCAUUGGAUCAGAUCAGACCUUUACUAAGCUAUUUUAUAAUAGACUUUCGGAGUAAGAAAUUAGAUCUUCCAGCUACAA